AUCCACUGUUGUGAUUGAGUAAACUCCUAAAAUCAUCUGCUGUCUUUUUUUCUGCAUCACUUAUAAUUUUCCCUAGCUGUAUCUUGUGGAGAGCCACUGCCUCCAUUGAACGGCCGUCGUAUUGGCAAUGACUUCCGCCUGUCACAGACAGUGUCAUUUGAAUGUAACGAGGGAUACGAUCUCCAAGGGGAGCAGCAGAUCAAGUGCAAUGCUGGAGAAUGGAUAGGAGACGUACCGUACUGCAGAGCUCGUGCGUGUCCUGAGAUCCGCAUGGAAGAGCUCGACCCCAACCUGAGACUCAAGGUAGACGGAGGUACAUCUCAAGGCUCAGUGUUAGCAUUUUCUUGCAUAUUAGGAUUCCAUAAUGUUGGGGAAACGUUCCUGACGUGCCAGGGUGGACGCUGGUCCCAUCCCUUCCCUACUUGCAAUGCUAAUGAUGAAGAUGAGCUUGACACUGGCACGUUACCAACGCCAGACACUUGCAAUUGUGAGGUCUGGCAGAGAUGUGUACCAAACAGCUACGGCCAGUGGACGUGCAACUGCAUUAACCCCCAGCAGUGUGAUGACACCACAAGCCACCAGCAAUACUGUGGGAGUGACGGCUACACGUACACCAGCAUCUGCAGACUGAAGGCUACCGCCUGUCUGCUCGAUCUAGACAUUCAGGUCGCUAGCCAGGGACCUUGUCCGGAAAGAGACCCUGUUUUGGAUGAGAGCAGUUCCGAAAGUUCACAGUCAUCCAUCUCUGAUCCUGAGUCUACUACCUUGAUAUUUGCCACUCUAACGGAAGGGCAAGGCAACGACAGUGUUCCACCAAGGAACGAAACUCGGCAAGCCUCGUCCGGUAACUACUUGGCUUGUGGGUACAAUACCGAUAGGUACAAUACCAACACCACUCGUCAGAUCUGGGGAAGGAUAUCAGGUGGAGACUAUGCAGAGGAAGGCAAAUGGCCCUGGCAGGUGGCGCUAUUCUGUCGUAACUGCAAAAGAUGUUUGCCAACCUUCUUCUGUGGCGGCAGUCUCAUUGCUAGUAACUGGGUUCUGUCAGCCGCACAUUGCUUCAAAGAUUGCCCAGCGUCCAACAUUAGAGUUUAUACGGGGUUUAUCGACAAAUCUACAUCAUCUCUACAACUUUUCGAUCCAGCCCUGGUGUAUACCCUUGAUGGUGACGACGCCCUGAUAAAGCACGAAGCAUUCAACUCAUCGGUCAACCUCGAUAAUGAUAUCGCCCUCUUACGGCUGAGUUGCAGUGUAAAGCUGAACUCGAAAAUAACACCCAUCUGUAUGCCACAAUUUGUUGCAAAAGGUAAGGGUUGCUUCAAGGCCAAAUAAAACCAUUUGUUUUGCAUCCUCAAUGUAAAAAAACUUCGGUAGCUUUUAAGACAAUCCCCUUGCAUCACUCACCAAACUCCUGUUGAAACUUACGAAGGGAGGCUCUACUGGUAAAGUUAAAGUCGCUGCAUGAAUGAAAUAAAUACAGCCCCAAAAUGCAAUCC